AUGGACCAAAUCGAAUUGGUGCUCAAGCUUCUAGAAGAAGAUGAAGAAGAAAAGAACCAAGAGUGGCUGGUGAACUUGUUAGAAUUGCUGAUUGGUGAUGGAGAAAGCCCAUUUUUGAAGAACAUUUCAAGAUGUUUAGCCUCUAGAUACCUAGAUUUGGUGAAGGUGUGCUUAUUAACAGUUACAUGGCUUAGCUCCAGACUUCCUGUACUAAAUAACUCUGGAUCUCCCCUUCCUGCAUUCUCUGCCAUCAUCUAUCAGAUGAAAGGAAUCCUGCAAAGUGCCGAUUUGGAGCUCAAGACUCUUGCGUCUUUAUCCUUGUUUUCAUUUCAGCAAGAUAUCAGAAAGCAGGGCCCUUUUGAUGAGUAUGGCAGAAGAUAUUGUUACACCUCUUCAUAGUCUUAUUGAUGUAACAUGGACUGCAAGGAAGUUGCUUGACAUGUUAGGGAAGGAUUUGUAGUCUUAAGGAACCAAAUACCAAAUGCUUAUCUCUACAAAUUCUCAAAGAUCCAAUUCUGGUGAUAUCAACUUUUUUUUCUUUUGAGCCUUGUUAAGAGGAGUAAAGGAAGGUCAAAGAGAACACUUUUAAAAAUUGUUGAUUAAGAUAUUUUAGUUAACAUUAUGUCUAAAAGCUUGGUAUAUGAUAGAUCACAAUAGCGUCAUAUAAUCUACGUAGCCGCCCCACCUAAUGGGAUAAGGCUUGUUGUUGUAUCAACUUCGUUUCUUUUGCUUUUAACAUAUGUAGGCUGCAUCAGACAGGACUUGGAAGUGCAUUUAUGGACACACACACACA